UUUUGACAUCUACAGUAGUCAUCACCUAGCGUACAAUGCAAACACAAAUAAAAGUGACAAAGACUAGUUAAUGAAGAUGUAAUAAUGUAGACCAUGCUGAUGUAAAAGUAUUAGUUGAUAUUAACUAGUUUGUAAAUUGUUAUUAAUUAAUUGGCGUGUACUAGUUGAUAUUACCUAAAUUUUUAAUUUGCAAUAAAAUAAUUAUUUAAAUAAUUUAAUUAAUAUCAACUAGCACAAUCUAAAAUAGCAAUUAACAAGGCAGUUAAUAUCAACGAAUACUUUUGAAUUAAUAUGGAUGACUCCAGUAAGCGUUCUGUAGUCAACUCUCGUUUGCUUGUUCUCUGAAAAAGUGACGUUUGUUGUGUCAAACGUGUGAAGCCAGUAAAGUUUGCAAACAUACGGGUUCUCACAUGGCGAAAACGGAAUUUGUUUGCGAGAUUUUCUUCAAGAUUCUAAGCCUGGGAGUUCUCAUAACUCAGCUUGGUGUCUUAGACUACUACGUCAUUCGCUUCGUGCACGAUGACGACCUGGGGCCCCUUUGGUGGAUCCUCCUAACCGACCUCUUCAUUCUCUUCUUCUGGAUUGAGAGUCUUUGGCACUGGCUGUUUCUAAAACUAUACAGAAAAAUUGUGAUAGCCUGGAGACGCUGUAGAGGACAAGACGCGGUGGAUGGAGGCGAAGGAAUCCAAGGAAACGAAGCAAAAAGGCUAAGAACUGCCUUUCUCGCUUGGUUUCUCUACACAGCUGCCGGUCUUAUACCCAGAAUUGCAGUCAUAUUUCGAGAUCACGACAAUGUAUUGAAUCUGACGUCAUCAGGAAACAAUUCGGCAGUAAACACGAUUAAAAUUGCCGUCGCUGUGACGGCCAUCCUCUUCCUCACUCUCAGUAGUUCGCAUCACAAUGCGCAGUCUUUCUCUCGACGGAGAUACUACCUGGAGAGGAUCACCUCUGGUGUGACGUGGGAUAUCUUAGACAGUUGGGAGUUGCUCGAGACGUUGUUUAACUUGGAGAAUUACGAUCUCCCUGUUUCUAUGCGUAACGCAAUCAUCGGAUUUACGUGCAUUAACUUCAUUCUCCCAACGAUUUCGUUACUGGAGAUGCGAGAGACAUGGGGGGAGGGCAGUGUGGGUAGUCGGAGAUUGAAUUUCAAGAUUCUCUACAUUUUAGCAAAUUUGUUGUUCGUUGAUAUUUCCUACUUGGUCAUUCGGAUCAUACUCUGGCAUCAACACGAUCUCAAUAUUUCGGAGUUUGUUGUGAAGAACGUGAUUUGUAUUUAUCUUAAUGCCAGCGAUGUGUGGGAGUUUUGGGGUCCGAGUCGCCCAUGGCGAUGCCCACACUGUCAGCAGCUAAUUAUUAAGCAAUACAUCGAGACGCACAAGCACACACAUGAAGGACACGAACUGAAAACGGAAGGAACGAAUACAGACAUUCAAGAUAGAGAAAAAACGACAACAGUGUGACUCACUAGAUGCAUGCAGUCUGAUUGUGAUGAUGCAUUUGUACUGUUUGAAUUUAUAUUUUGAUUUGUUAUGUUCUAAAUGCAUUGAUUGGU